UUUUACCAUAACCCAUUCAGGGAGCACGCCUAGAACAGCAGUUACUACGGUGCUUCUGCAGAGAAUGAUUGACACAAUGUGGUCAUCAAUCUUAAUUUUGUUGCUGGCAAACUUGGCCUCAACUGAAGUGCAAUGCCCAGAUGGAAGACCUUGCCCAGACGAAUCAACGUGUUGCAAACUUGAAUCUGGUAGUUAUGACUGCUGCCCAAUGAAAAAGAAUAUCCAGCGUUUUGAUGGGACCAAGCGCUGUGGGAAAGAUGACACAGAUCCAUCAUCCUCAGCACUGAAAUAUCCCAGCAUUCCAGUGGAAAGUGCUCGGAGCAUCAAUGUCAAGAGUGACAGUUCAGUAGUCCAUUGUGAUUAUUGGCAUAUAUGUAUGGAUGGAUAUGCCUGUUGUAAAGUGCAAACUGGAGGCUGGAGUUGCUGCCCACGACCUCAGACUGUCUGUUGUUACGGUGGGACAAUGUGCUGCCCACAAGGUGAUACCAAUCCAUCAUCCUCAGCACUGAAAUAUCAUAGUGUUUCAGUGGAAAACCAGACAUUUGAAAUGGAAAGUGCUUUGAGCAGUGGUGUAAACAGUGACAACUCAAAAGUCUAUUGUGACUAUACACAUUACUGUGCGAAUGAAUAUACCUGUUGUAAAACGCCGAGCGGAGGUUGGAGUUGCUGCCCACAACCUCAGGCUGUUUGUUGUAAAGAUGGUGUCCACUGCUGUCCUCAUGGCACCAGAUGUGACCUUCAGAGGUCAAAGUGUAUAAAGGAUAGCGCCGGUAUACCAUGGCUCAUGAAGGAACCUGCAAUGAUUCGGUCAGAAGCUCUGCAGAACAGCCUCAGUGGUGAUGGCUCAGUCGUCUAUUGUGAUGACACACAUGUUUGUAAAGCUGGAAGUACAUGCUGUAAGGUGAAGAACGGACAAUGGGGAUGCUGUCCAUAUCCGAAUGCUCACUGCUGCUGGGAUGAGAAACACUGCUGUCCGAAACAUCACUUUUGUGAUAUGAAGCAUCAACGCUGCUGGAAGAUCUUUCCUUCAUACAACUGGAUGCAGCUCUCCUCGAGCAAAACACCUGAAGAUUCUGAAAAUCUUUAAAGCUGCCCUGCAUCUAUCAUAGUACUGAGGUUAAGAUUACAAAAACGGCAUAGUUUUAUUCUGCAUUGCAGCUAUAGGUAGAAAUAGCUUUGCCAUCUUGGUUUCUAUUUGGUGGAGCUGAAAAUGUGCUGCUGGAAAAGCGCAGCAGGU